CAAUCGUUUGAGUUACUCAUCAUUUGUGAUACGAACUUCAACCAGCGUGGUCUUAUCGAUCUAUUUAUUCAUUCAUCUGUUUAUCUGAGUAAUUGUAAAUUAUUUAUUCAUUCAUCAGUAUAUUCGAGCAGUUACAAAUUACUAGCAGUUAAAAAUCAUCAUUGAUAAUAGCUUUUAAAAAGUAUUUAUCAAGUUACAAAUUCAACGGAGCAGUUGUAAAUAAACUAUUCACGUUUCAGAUAAUUUCUGAAACAAUAAUUAUUGAUAUACAAGUAGGCCUAUCCAGGAGUUGAACUAAUAAUCUUACAAAUUCUUCGGAGUAGUUGCAAAGAGUUUAUUUAUUUGUCGGAGAGCAUCUGUAAAAAUGACGGUAAUCAAGGAAGUGGAUUCCUCCUCGGAAAAAGAGAACUGCAUGGUUGGAGAAAAUCAGAAGAAAACUUCAGUUUCGGACUUAUUCAGCAUCUCAGAAGUGGCGCCGGAACUGCUGCUGUGUGGGGCGGCAGCCGUGAACGAGGACUCGCUGAAGGCGGCAGGGGGCGUGGCCUGCGUCAUAAGUGCCGCCCCCGAGUUACCCCCGCCUCCACUGCCUCCGAGUCCCGCCUCCACUGUGCUACGUAUCCCUGUACUGGACACUCUCAACCAGGAUAUCCUCACUCAUCUGCACAGAGUCGCCGACCAAAUCAAUGAGGUAAAAUGCCAAGGCGGUCGCACCCUGGUCCACUGUGUCGCGGGCGUCAGUCGCUCGGCCACUCUGUGUCUGGCCUACCUCAUUAAAUACCACAACAUGAGUCUGCGACGCGCGUUCAACCAUCUGCGAUCGCGGCGACGCUGCGUGCGUCCCAAUUCGCACUUCUUCUAUCAGCUGAUCCAGUUCGAGUUGGAAGUGAGAGGCAAGACCAGCGUCGAAAUGAGACACAACAUGGCGGCGCGCGCCAUCAUUCCCGACGUCUAUGAGGAGGACUACAUCAAGACGCUGCAUUACCAAAAUCGUAAUAUAGGCAGGCAUUGAUUUGAAACACCUUCAUAGCUUAUAAUCUAAAUUGAAUUGUCACAAUCGUUAUUUAUAUGCGUACAAACACACUGGAAGCGGGGCGAAGCGUCGCUUCGUAGGUGUUAGCAAAUAGCUCGACUUAGCCAGCUAACUCCAACAUUGUGAAUACCCCUAAUGAAUUAUGUAGAAGAGAAUGAAAAAGACUAAGAAAUUGUCAAAAACCACAGAUUUAUUGAUAGUUAGAAAGACCGGUUUCGGAUAUUACACCAUUGUCAAUCUCUGAUAAACCAGAUAGUUUAUCAGAGAUUGACAAUGGUGUAAUAACCGAAACCAGAUAGUUUAUCAGAGAUAGUUGAUAUAGUUGAUAGAUAUUAACUAUCAGAGAUAGUUAAUUAAGAUAACCGAAACCAGAUAGUUUAUCAGAGAUUGACAAUGGUGUAAUAACCGAAACCAGAUAGUUUAUCAGAGAUU